AUGUGGUGUAAAAUCUUAGCUCUCUGUUGCUUUAUGCUGUACACUCAAGCUAAGCUGGCCAGUGAUGAAGAUGCGAUGGAUUCGGCUGACCGUGAUAUGGACGAAUUGGAUUCAAACAGCACGAAUAUAAUCGCUCAAGCUAACAUCAGUGGAGACCGCGAUGUAGAGGACAGUGGUGAACACAUAGGGCCGGCAGUCGCUCAAGUCCAACAGUAUCCUUACGCCGGCGCGUUGCAACGCAACGGUACCUACGUCUGCAGUGCUACCGUGCUCAACACUUACUGGGCGCUUACGCUGUCAAAAUGCUUUGAUCCACACAUAAUAUCUUCGUACGUGACUCACAAGUACCUCGGCAACUACACGCUGCGUGUCGGAAGCUCGUAUAAUAACAAAAGUGGUGCUAUUCAUAAGAUAAGAAUCCUUAUCAAUAACUUCGAUUUGAAAGUAUCAGCUCUGAAGUUAACAGUACCACUGGAGUACAGCGCUCGUGUAGGUCCUGUCAACCUGCCUAAACCAGAUGAAGAGGUCAAUUUGGGCUACCUCGCCUCAAUACUAGCAUGGACACCGAAUGGGCAUUUACGAGUACUGAACGCGCCUCUCAUAGACUCGACGAUAUGUGAGCCAGCGACUAAAUUGUUGCCAGGACAUUAUCUCUGUGCAGCUGGAGUACAGGAUCCUAACAGACACUUCUGUCGAAGAGAUGACGGAGGAGCUGUAAUACAAAACAAUACAUUAGUCGGGAUCGCUACCUUCCUCCACACUUGUGCGGUGUACACCAGAACACACGCCUUUCCUAAAGUAUCCAGUUUCGCGAGAUGGCUGGACUCCGUCAUCUGGGAUGAGGAGAACAGACCGACAGUCUUCACGCCAACGUCCUCCACAAUCACCACAUCAUCAGUCACCAACACGACGGAGAAUCAGCCGGAAUUCCAACACAUAUUUGGUGAUGCGAGGAAACAGAUGUUAUCUAUACCUUUUGCCCCAAUCAGUGUGCCAUUAGAGCCUGCUGAGGAUAAUUCGGUUUUACCAAGAAUGAGUAUGUAUGAAUCUUAUUUACAAAGUAUAGCACGAGCUAGGACAUCGACAACACAGGAUCCUGUCGCUGUAGAGGAGGUGAAGAGAGCCUGGAUGCAGAAGUUCGAAAAGAAAUAUAACUUACGUAGCGCACCGCAGAUCACACAGAACAAUAAAUAUGGUCUUUACCCGUAA